AUGAGAUCUCAUGAAAAGUAGGAGUUAGGCUUGGCAUGGUGGCUUACACCUGUAAUGUCAGCACAUUUGAGAGGUCAAGGUGGGUGGAUCACUUGAGCCCAGGAGUUUGAGACCUGGACAACAUGGCAAAACCCCGUCUCUACAAAAAAUACAAAAAUUAGCUGGGCAUGGUAGCAUGCGCCUGUAGUCCCAGUCACUCAGGAAGCUAAGACUCCUCCAAUUCUUGAGCGCGGUAUUUUUCGGCACAGGAAAUGGCCCGGAGGAGCUGCAGAGCAAAGCCUCCCCUCUCUGGCACCGCAUGGGAGUGCCCCGUGGGAUGAGGGAGAGGACAAGGCAGUCAGGCAAAGGUUACGGGAGGAAAGCAAAGGCAGGGGCCCAGAACCACUCCAGGAAAUGUUUGGAUUUCUCCACCAGGAGGGAGGACAAACAAGCUUUCUUCUUGCCUUCUGGGCAGCUUUGUGUGCUCUCCAGCACGGAGUCCGAGGAGGAAGAGCGAAGCUGAAAAUGAAAAUUCCUCUGGCGCUGGACCCAAUCGCUCCUCUACGGCAUCAAUCUCAUCGGACCCCCCCACCCUACCGCCUCUCAGAAAUGACCACUUUUGCAAAAUUGCAUGCAUUUCCAAGCUUCAUCCGGCUCCAGGCUUGGCCUCUCCCAGAGGCAGGCGGCUUGUGAGACGGGCUCCAGAGAAAGGACCUCCCUGGGUCUCUCAUUUCCUGGCUGAAGUUUCUCUUCUCGCUGCUGUGGCAGCAUCCAACCCACACACACAGGACCCGCAUCCUGGGUGAUGAAGUCAGACACGCAGCAGCUGGGUGAGUGCUAACGCUCAGAUAAGCAUCUGUGCCAUUGUGGGGACUCCCUGGGCUGCUCUGCACCCGGACACUUGCUCUGUCCCCGCCAUGUACAACGGGUCGUGCUGCCGCAUCGAGGGGGACACCAUCUCCCAGGUGAUGCCGCCGCUGCUCAUUGUGGCCUUUGUGCUGGGCGCACUAGGCAAUGGGGUCGCCCUGUGUGGUUUCUGCUUCCACAUGAAGACCUGGAAGCCCAGCACUGUUUACCUUUUCAAUUUGGCCGUGGCUGAUUUCCUCCUUAUGAUCUGCCUGCCUUUUCGGACAGACUAUUACCUCAGACGUAGACACUGGGCUUUUGGGGACAUUCCCUGCCGAGUGGGGCUCUUCACGUUGGCCAUGAACAGGGCCGGGAGCAUCGUGUUCCUUACGGUGGUGGCUGCGGACAGGUAUUUCAAAGUGGUCCACCCCCACCACGCGGUGAACACUAUCUCCACCCGGAUGGCGGCUGGCAUCGUCUGCACCCUGUGGACCCUGGUCAUCCUGGGAACACUGUAUCUUUUGCUGGAGAACCAUCUCUGCGUGCAAGAGACGGCCGUCUCCUGUGAGAGCUUCAUCAUGGAGUCGGCCAAUGGCUGGCAUGACAUCAUGUUCCAGCUGGAGUUCUUUAUGCCCCUCGGCAUCAUCUUAUUUUGCUCCUUCAAGAUUGUUUGGAGCCUGAGGCGGAGGCAGCAGCUGGCCAGACAGGCUCGGAUGAAGAAGGCGACCCGGUUCAUCAUGGUGGUGGCAAUUGUGUUCAUCACAUGCUACCUGCCCAGCGUGUCCGCUAGACUCUAUUUCCUCUGGACGGUGCCCUUGAGUGCCUGCGAUCCCUCUGUCCAUGGGGCCCUGCACAUCACCCUCAGCUUCACCUACAUGAACAGCAUGCUGGAUCCCCUGGUGUAUUAUUUUUCAAGCCCCUCGUUUCCCAAAUUCUACAACAAGCUCAAAAUCUGCAGUCUGAAACCCAAGCAGCCAGGACACUCAAAAACACAAAGGCCGGAAGAGAUGCCAAUUUCAAACCUCGGUCGCAGGAGUUGCAUCAGUGUGGCAAAUAGUUUCCAAAGCCAGUCUGAUGGGCAAUGGGAUCCCCACAUUGUUGAGUGGCACUGAACAAGCAGACCAACAACACUGAGGAAGAUAGAGUGAUGACUUAGAAUUAACUCGUGCUAAGGGGUCGGGGGCUUUGAAAAUGCCACCCCCCUUUCUUAUUGCAAGACGGCUUCACGCACAUGAACUGCAUCCUUCUCAUUCUGUCGGAAAUGAAAUUCACACAACUAUA